AUGCCUCCUCGUCAUCCGCCACGUAGGAAUACUCGUAUUAACCAUGAACGUAACAACACUUCUUCGAAUGAGACUCCAGUUGAUCCAAACAUAGUUAAUGCUAUCAACCAGGCUGUUGCUGGGUUGCUUCCAAACCUUGUUGCCCAAACAGCUGAGGCCGUUAUUCAACAAACUCGUCAUCCAGAACACACUAACACUAAUCCAAUCUCUGGUGGUCAAACCCAUGACGCACAAACUUGGUGGGAAGGAUAUAAGCAAGUCAAAGGAGGGGAUGAUUUUGACGCUAAUCUUUCAUGGGUCGACUUUCGUAAUAUCUUUUACGACAAGUAUUUUUCGACCGCUGAUAAAGAAGCUUAUAUCAGGGAGUAUGCAGUGAUUCGACAGGGGAGUGAUGAACCAGCCUCUGAGUUCAUUACUCGAUUUUCAAGAUUGGCUAGUAUUGUAGGAGAUGUUGCAGGAUCAGCAGAAGUCCAGGCUGAAAAAUGCAAGUGGGCAGUUAAUGAUCGAAUUCGGAAGUCGAUCAUGUACAUAAAAUUUAAGGAUAUCACCGAAGUUGCUGAUGCAAUCAAAACUUUUGAAUUCGAAAGGAAAGAAUUCCUAUCUCGAACUGGGGAUAAUAAGAAGAGAAAUAGGGAAGGCCAAUUUAAGCAGGAAAUCGGCCAAUCGUCCACUACACCACCACAUCAAGCUCGCAAAGUGCAAGGAAAUCCAAACUUUGGAAAUCAAGCACGUCCAUGGCAACCUAGACUUCAAAACCCGAGGCCUGCUCAAAACCAAAUUCAGUUGUAUGCAGAACCUAUUAGAGCUCAACCACUAAAUCAACAAGUAAACCCGAAUCAGAUUACAUACCCUCUAUGUAAUACUUGUGGUAAGAGACAUCAAGGCAUAUGUCACCGAAGUACAGGAGCCUGCUUUAGAUGUGGCCAAACUGGACACAUGAUCAAGGAAUGUCCUAAGAAAGAUACUAAGAAGAAUCAUCAACCCAAUGUUGGAGGAAGAGUUUUCGCACUUUCUGCUACUGACGCUGCUAAUGUUCCAGGUACUGUAUCUGGAACCCUUCAGAUUGGUGAACAUAGUAUCUAUGUGUUAUUCGAUACAGGAGCGACUCAUUCUUUAGUAUCCCAUUCGUUUACUAAGUAUCUUCCGAUAAGACCAACUCUCUUAGAUCACCCUUUCACCAUUUCCACUCCCAUGGAAAAUUCAUCCGAAUAG